GGAGGUAAAGGGCAGAGGCUGUGCCCGCUGAACCUUACACCGCAAGGGGCUUCACACCGCAUGUCUUGUAACCGUAUGAUCGUCUGUCCCUGUGAGGACCUUCUCUAAGACAGGGCAAGUGUUGGGGAUGCGUAGGGAACCAGGUCAACAGAGUCCUUGACCCCAUGUAAUUAAUUUCUAGUGGGGAGGUAACAGAAGAUACAUAAUACAAUUACUGAUGGGCAUAAGCAAUAUGAGGGAAAUAAUAGAAAGUAACUUGGAUGAGGACUAUGGGAGAUAGAGCGGCCAGAGAAGGCUUCUCUGAGCAGAUGACGUGUAAGCUGAGGCUGGGGGAUGGAAAGGAGGCAACUCUGGGGAAGAUAUUUCAGGCAGAGGGAAUAGUAGGUGCAAAGGCUCUGAGUCAAAACAAAGUCUGGUAUUCCUAACAGGAUAAGUCCGGCGUGCCUAGAGAUUCAUGAAUGAGGUAGAAAAUGCUAUAGGUAUUGAAGUUGGAGACGUAGGCAGGAGCAGGUCACUAGGUUUGUUAAAAGGGUUAAAUCUAUGCAGAGUGUUUAUUAGGACCUGGAACACAGUGAGCCCCUAGUAAAUACUGGCGACUGUGGUAAUUAUCAUGAUGUUUAGUAAAAUUUGUCAUAAUAAAACCAUUUGGUUGUCAUUCUCUGGUGAGGAGAGAUGGAAGAUACAACAUAUAAAGUUUAGGGCCUACAGUGUUAACUUUUGAUAGGACUUCUUCAUUGGUGGUGGCAUGUUCUUCCACCAGGAGGGGUGUGGUGUUUGGUGAUCUCUUGUGAUGUUAACUAUUGAUGGUUGAAGCCUGUAGCCAUUAAUUCAUUAAGGCUGCAAAAAUGGAGCUGUUCUAUCAUUUUUUCAUCUAUUAGCCAAAAUACUUAAAUAAAGAAAAGCUUCUAUUCGUGCAUCUGCUCAUGGUAACUCAUUUUUUAGGAAGUAUAAUACACUCAUUAAUUAAACAAAUUUGGUAUGUUUUAUAGUGCUAACAAAAGUGGAGGGCAUCAUUAAACCACGUUACAGCUUCCCAUAAAGCAGCCUGGGUACCAGAGUGUGGCUUGUUGAUCCGACCCAGUAGCACACUGUUCAUGCUCUGGCUUUUAUUUGCAUUACUGGCUGAUAGUGACAUGAUACGGAAAAACAUUUGCUUCAGUGUUAAAACAUAACUGUGGCACAUACUGUUUCCUCUACCCACUGACUCCAGGAUUUCUUUUCUCCACAGUUGGAACUUUCUGCCCUCCAGUCCAAGAUGGCUGUGCAGGAAGAAGAGAUGCAGGUUCAGGCCUCUGAUAUGGAGUCUCUGACCAGGAACAUGCAGAUUAGAGAAGACCUCAUCAAGGACCUGCAGAUGCAGCUGGUUGAUCCUGAACACAUACCAGCUAUGGAACGCCUGACCCAAGAAGUCUUACUUCUUCGUGAAAAAAGUUGCUUCAGUAGAAUCACAGGGUCAGGAAGCUUCCAGAAACCGAAGACAACAAUUGCUGCUGAUGCUGGAAGGUCUGGUAGAUGAAUGGAGUCAGCUCAGUGAGGCCUUACAAGCAGAGACACAGCUCUGUAGCAGCCUGGUGAAGUUCCAUGCCCAUCCAGAGAGGACUGAGGAAUAUCAAAGAAAAGGAGGAAUUGAAAUUUAGCAGGACCCUGCAGGGACCUCCCAGAUGAGGAAACUGAGGCACAGAGAAGCAAAGUGAUCUUCCCAGAGCCACACAGCCAGUGAGUGGUGGGGCCAGGUCUUCCUGAGCCCAGAGCCCACUGCCCAUCUUGCCUGGAGUCGUUUCCAUUAUGUUAUUAUAAGAAAUUGAAUAUAGUUCCCUGGGCUAUACAGUAAGUCAUUGUUUAUCUAUUUUAUAUAUAGUAAUGUGUGUCUGUUAAUCCCAAAUCCCUAAUUUAUUCCUCCCCGCCCUUUCCCCUUUGGUAACCAUAGUUUGUUAUCCAUGUUCAUGAGUCUGUUUUUGCUUUGUAAAUAGACAUUGUAUCUUUAUUUUUAGAUUCCACAUAUAAGUGACAUCAUAUGAUAUUUGUCUUGCUCUGACUUACUUCACUCAAUAUAAUAAUCUCUAGGUCCAUCCAUGUUGCUGCAAAUGGCAUUAUUUUAUUCUUUUCUAUGGCUGAAUAAUAUUCCAUUGCAUGUA